AUGGUGAUGGUCUUCGAGGACCUGUGCCCUCAUGGUUACGCUAUGAAAUCCGAGGCCGCCACUCUGCCGGAAGCUAAAAUUGUCCUCCAAAAGCUGGCUCGUUUUCAUGCGGCAUCGAAGGCACUAGCCGAUACUAUUCCCGUCAUAAAAACGAUGGCAAACGGCCUGGGGACCACGGACCUUGGAAAGUUCAUCGAAAUUUGGCUGAAACAUUUCGAUAUGAUUGGGCAACUUUGUCAACAGUGGCCUGGCUUUGAACAGUACACCGAAAAAUUGGAAAAGCUGAAGCAUCCCAUUUUCGAACAGCUCAAGGUGGUCUACACGCCUGAUCCAACGUCUUCGUGGAAUGUUUUGAAUCACGGGGAUCUACAUUACAAAAACAUGAUGUUCAAAAUAAACGAAGGUGUUACCGAGGACAUCAUGUUGCUCGACUUCCAGAUUAGCGUUUGGGCAACACCUGCCAUCGACCUGCUGUAUUCGUUGUAUAACACUGUUGGGGCCGAAACUCGACACACACAUCGAGAGGAGCUAAUAAGCUACUAUUACGAGCAAUUUGCCGAAGCGUUGAAAAAAUUCGGAUAUUCAAAGAAGAUUCCGACGUUGGUGGAUUUGCGGGUUGAGCUCAUCAAGGCUGGACACUUGGAAACCCUCGUAUCAUUGGUAUUCCUCCCGUACAUGGUCCUAACGCCGGAACAGUUGAUACCUCAACCUAAAAGUGGCGAUCCGGAAGAGGGCGUCGAGAUGGAUUUCGAAAACGUUGUCGGGUGCUAUUCGUAUCCGGCCGUUCAAACGUUGUUGAAACAGUACCUGCCAAUGUUGAAUCACAAGGGUCUGUUGGAUUUGUGA